UUAAUUGUUUCGCUUUUCAAAAAACUGUGUUUUUUCUCUCCACAAAAUUCCAAUUUUUCUCCUCAGUUUCUCUCUCUUUUGCUUACGAAAACACCCUAUACGUUUUCAUCGAUGCAUGAUCUUCCGAUCCAAUGCAAUUUUAACCCUUAACGCUUCCGAAUUCCCAUCGAGUUUUACCCCAGCUUGAUUUUGACUCACUGAGUUGGUUUGGAGGGGAAUUAUGUUGGAGACAAUGGAGAGUUCCGUCAAUGGCGGUGGUUUCACACAGUUACAGAACUGUGGAGACAGUAGUGAAGAGGAACUCUCUGUGUUGCCACGUCACACCAAGGUGGUUGUCACUGGAAAUAACCGUACCAAAUCGGUUCUCGUUGGUCUUCAAGGCGUGGUCAAGAAGGCUGUUGGGCUUGGCGGGUGGCAUUGGCUGGUUCUUACAAAUGGCAUAGAAGUAAAGCUACAGAGAAAUGCCCUGAGUGUGAUAGAAGCUCCCACUGGCAAUGAAGCUGAUGAUGACCUUGAAUUUGGAAACAUGCAGUGCAAUGGAUCAGACGUGGCAUCUGAUGAAACUCAAAAGUCCCAUAGAUCGAGGCAUAGAUCGCAUAAAUCAACGGGGUCUUCUCACAAGACUAUGAGCAGGUCUCUUUCUUGUGACUCACAGUAUAAGAGUUCUGUUUCCACACUGCGCGGGUCCACGAAAGUUGACCUCAGCAAACUUGAGAUGGCUGCUCUAUGGAGAUAUUGGCGACACUUCAAUCUUGUGGAUGCCACUCCCAAUCCCUCGAAGGAGCAACUAAUUGAUGUCGUUCAGAGGCAUUUUGUGUCACAGCAAAUGGAUGAGCUGCAGGUGAUCGUGGGAUUUGUUCAGGCUGCAAAGCGUUUGAAGACCGUUUGCAAAUGACAUGGAGGAGAAUGAUCAGACCAGCUUUUGAGUUCGGUUGCCAACGUGUCAACACUAACAGAUACUCGGUAUCCUAAUGUUCCUCUUCCCCCGUACUCGGUAGUGAUGUCAAUAACAUAUGUAUUUGCGGAUCGUUCAUCCUUGUGGUCCUUCUUGGUAGUAUGUUAUUUGGAGCUAUAGAGGUUGAGUUCCAUUUUGGUAUAGUUAAUGUAUAUAUAAUCCAAAACCUUGGCUACGUGACCUCUAAGAAGUCCCUCCGUGGGCAUCCUUUUCUAAAGCUUUGCUUGAAUGAACUUCUGACUUGGGGAAGUGGAUUUCUUGAAAUGUAUAUAUUCUUAUUUAUAGCCA